CCUUUUAUCCGAUGGUAAUAACCGCAAGAGUAGCAAGGUGUGGUGGGAAAAGUGGAAGAAAAUGUUGUAUGCUUCAGUCUCACUUCCAUUGUCUUCCCCUUUCACUCCCAAAAACACAAACUGCUUUUCACCUUCCCAUUUUUCAGAAUUUCCCAACAAAUUCAGUUUCAAACCUUCGCCAACGAUUCUGUCCUAUUGCUUUCAGGUAAGAAGUAUUACACUUCCCGAAUGCAGACAAAACGAGAACACUGGGACGGCGAGCAAUGUAUCCAUCGCAAACAAACCCGCUGAAUGCAGUAAUUCACCCGAGCUUCCGCCGAGAGGUCUACCUCCUCUAGUGAGUGCAUUGAAAGCCUCAGCUGAACAAAAUGCUGCAUCUUUUCACUUUCCUGGACAUAACAGAGGCCAUGCCGCACCUGCUUCGAUGACUCAACUCAUUGGAAUAAGACCAUAUGUUCAUGAUUUGCCCGAGCUUCCAGAACUUGAUAACCUCUUUUGUCCUCAAGGCCCCAUAUUAGAAGCACAGAAACAAGCAGCCAAACUGUUUGGAUCAUCCAAGACAUGGUUUCUUGUCGGAGGUACUACUUGUGGGAUCCAUGCAGCAAUUAUGGCAACCUGUUCACCUGGAGAUUAUCUCAUUCUUCCCCGGAACUGUCAUGUAUCAGCUAUAUCUGCCAUGGUGUUAUCUGGUGCAGUGCCUAAGUACAUUGUUCCUGACUGUAAAAACGAUUGGGAUCUCCCUGGUGGCGUCACUCCGUUACAGGUAUUGAAAGCUAUCAAGGAACUAGAACUGGAAGGAAAAAAACUAGGAGCAGUUUUCAUCACUUCACCUACUUAUCAUGGUGUUUGCAGUAACUUGGCUGAGAUUUCUGAGAUCUGUCAUUCUCGGAAAAUUCCUUUGAUCGUUGAUGAAGCUCACGGCGCACAUCUAGGGUUUCAUCCUAAACUGCCUAGGUCAGCCCUCCAGCAAGGUGCUGAUAUAACCGUACAGUCUACCCACAAGGUUCUUUGCUCUCUUACUCAAUCAUCUAUGCUACACAUGUCAGGUAACAUCGUAGAUAAAGAUAGAAUAUCUAGAUGUCUCCAAACUCUCCAAACCACAAGUCCAAGUUACCUGCUUUUGGCUUCCCUAGAUGCCGCUAGAGCUCAACUUAGCGAAAGCCCUGAUAUUGUAUUCAACAAAUCGAUUGAAUUAGCAAAUGAAGCAAAAUGCUCGUUAAAACGAAUCCCUGGCAUCUCAGUGCUUGAGAAUUCAAGCUUUCCCAACUUUCCCGCAGUUGAUCCGCUGCGGCUUACUAUAGGUUUUUGGGAGCUUGGUUUAUCAGGUUACGAAGCAGAUGAAAUCUUAGACAGGGAUUUCGGAAUCGUCUGUGAACUUGUAGGGAAUAAGUCUAUCACUUGUGCCCUUAAUCUUGGAACUUGUAGGGAUCACGUCGAGAGGCUUUUAUCAGGAAUAAAGCAUCUAGCUUCAACAUGUUCUUCCAUUCAGAAUCCUAAAUACAGAGUGCUUACUGAUCAUGCACUCUUUGAUGAUAUAAUCAUGAAAUUGAUCCCUAGAGAUGCAUUUUUCGCUAGUAAAAGAAAAGUCACGGUGAAGGAGAGCCUUGGUAAGGUUUCGGGUGAGCUUAUAUGUCCAUACCCUCCAGGUAUACCGGUAUUGAUCCCCGGUGAGGUUAUUACAGAGAGAGCUGUCGAUUAUCUACUCCAUGUAAGAAGUAAAGGCGCUGAUAUUAGUGGAGCAUCUGAUCCCUUACUUUCUUCUAUAGUUGUCUGCGAUGUACUGUAAAAACAGUUUGCGAGAAGCACCAGCACUUCAUAUUAAAGACGUGUCUAGUGUUCCACGUGUAUCCGUAUAUGGAAGGUGUGUCCUAGUGUUCCACAUGUGUCCUAGUCUUACAUCAACACAACAUCUCUACAUGUAGUUACAUUCGUUCACUUAUUUUUCCGAUUCAUUACUAAUUGGAUAGUAAAGAAAGAGACCUGCAAAAAUAUUGCGGGUGAAAAUCUUCCCGAUUCCCAUACUUUAGAUAUGGUUCAAAAUCAUUUGAAAAGAAAUGUCUCAAGUCAUGUUAAAAGCCAUUCUCUAACUGUUUCAAAACUAUUAUUUCUGUUUUGCAGCACAUUAAUGUGAAAGAUUAAUGUUAAUACAAAUAACUUGAAACAAUUCAAUAUGUAAGUUGAAAUUUCACAUCA